AACGUUAUAGCAUAAAAUCAGUUCUUACACCGAAGGUCAGAGCAAUUCGAGUGGACAAAACAAAAGGAAACAGUAAGAAAAUAAGAUGAGAAGGUCUAUUGUUGUUCAUUCUGUUCCUGAAGUUCUGCUAAUAGGCAUUCUCAGCAUAGUUCAUGGACAGUUCACAGACACACCAACUACCAAUGCUCAUGUGACGAAUAGCUCACGUGUGUCGGCAUUGUAUGUGUUAGGGGAUUCCUCAGUUGAUUGUGGAGACAACACUCUGUUCUACCCUCUGCUUCACGGUCGACUCUCUUUGUAUCCAUGUAACGGCUCUGAUGCCACCCUUCUUCCUCAACUACUUGCUGAGAAGAUUGGAUUGACCUCAAUCAGGCCAUUUUAUGGACAAAAUGGAUCUCUGGAGGAGGUUCUUGGUGGUCUCAACUUUGGGUCAACACAAGCUACAAUCAUGAACCAGGGAAGCUACAGCCAUCAGUCUCUUAACCAACAACUACGCCAAGUUUCUGAGACUAUGCAGCUGUUGCAACUGCAACUGAAUGAGGACACUGCUCUCCAAUUUAUAAAAUCCUCCAUCUUUUUCCUGUCCUUUGGCAAAGAAGAUUAUAUUGAACUAUUCCUCCAUAACUCUUCCAGUUCCAGCGGAAUGAUGUUUCGGAACAGUUCCCAAUAUUUUGCUACAAUUUUGGUCAACCAAGUCGCAAAUGCUGCAAGGUAUCUUUAUAAUGCAAAUGCAAGGAAAAUCAUAUGUUUGGGAAUUAUGCCUCUGGGAUGCACACCUCGUAUGGCCUGGGAGUUGAAUCACACAUCAGCUGGAGAUUAUAAUGCAAGCAGUUGUGUGGAACAUGUCAAUGACUUGGUCUUUGAAUACAAUAGAUUGCUGGAUGAACAAAUAGGCAAGCUUAAUUCGGAAUUUUCUGAUGCUCAGAUGGUGUUCUGUGAUGUUUACAAUGGAAUGAUGGAGAUUAUCAACGAACCAAGGCUUUACGGUUUUGAAGACGUGAAGAGUGCAUGUUGCGGACUUGGUUUGAAUGGUGCCAUGAUAGGGUGUGUCUCCAUGGACAUGGCCUGUGAUCAAGCUUCAACUCAUGUUUGGUGGGAUUUGUUCAACCCUACUCAAGCAGUCAACAAAAUCCUAGCUGAUGCAGCCUGGUCUGGCCAACCGAUACCUGAUCUUUGCCGUCCUAUCACCAUCCAUGAAUUGGUUAACAUGAAAGUCUAGCAUUUCCACUACCUAAAACUCUCAUAAACAAAAGUUUCAGAACAAUUUGGGGUAGCAUAUGCUAAUCCCAUGCAGUACAAAAAAGGAUAAAGAAAUAGGGUGCUACUGCAGCACUGCUGGGUAUGCUUUGGAAACCAUUUCUUUAUUAGAAUCACACA